AUGGAUGAACAGAAUGAAGCGGAUUCAGUCACGUCAACAAUUGAGGAGGAGCCUGACUCCGACCAGGAAUGGCUAGUCAACGAUGUCCUUGCGGAAGGGGAAGUAGACGGGACGACAAAAUAUCUCAUCGAUUGGCAAGGCUACCCUCUCUGGGAAGCUUCAUGGGAGCCGAAGGAGAACCUCGGCGACAUCAUGCUAGCAGACUGGGAAGAGAGUAAAAAGAAGGAGGGCCAUCAGCGCAAAUCAAGGCAGAGCAUCACUGCUUGGAGAGAGGCCGUUGUGGCCAGGCUCUACGGCAAAAUGGAGCGCCACGAGAAACGAAAUCUCAAGCGUGCGGAACGAGGCCUCGAGCUGUCUGUGUACGAGAAGUCUCUGGAAGAUUAUCUAGCGGACCUUGAAAGGGACCCCAAGGGGGAAGAAGAGAUUGAAGAUCAAAAGGUCGCCUCUACACCGAACACCAAAAAUCCACCACCCAGCCGGCGCGGGUCUUUGGAGAACUCUUCUCAACGUCAACUUACGGCCUUGGAUGGCCAGGCGCCCAAAAAGACCCCAACGAAAUCACCGAAUCGUGGGGUUUCCGACCCGGACUCAACCAGGCGAUUCUCUGGCACCGCUGCAGGUGCUCGUGAAGCACCUUCCAAGCCGGUGGUAAAGUCAACACUCAGGUCCAAGCUAGGCCCUUACAAAUCAAAGGAGCCGCCAAAGGAGCUUAAAGCAAAUCCCCCCCAGCCGGUUAUUCGUGAGGCAUCCAGCGGCAAUAACAAUGUUUUUGCGGGUGGCAAAGUAAGAAAGAAAAGGCCUACCCUCCUCGAUGCUGCCGUGGAUCCAAACAAGAAACCACAGCUCCUGAAUUCUCACCUUAUGAGAAAGCUUGAGAAAGGAUUCCGCGACAAGGAAGGAACCACGGCCCCCCCGAAGCCACCGCCCAGCGUCUUCCACCUCAAUCCUGCGGAAAGAGAACUACUUAGUGAGAAGGCGGCAUCAAGGCUUGAUCCAAUCACUAGCAGCACUCCGGAAGAAAUGCAGAUUCAAGAUGCACAACAACCCGAUUCCGAUGGCCGCCCGGUGGGGGAGUCAGGGAAAGCUUCUUCAACGGGCGUGAAGAAAAAGAAGAAGUCGGUGCGUUGGGGUGACGAGCCGGAUGUCCAACCACCAGCAGAACCGGAACCUGAAGCAAGUCUUUUCAUCAAUGAUGCAUUACCUGAAUCGUCCGCUGCUGAAGAAAUCAGCGAGCAGUCUCCGGCGCUCUCAAGUAUACCGCCGCCGCCCGUCGCCACGACUCUCUCGCCCCAUGGUAAUGAUGGCGUGUACCUAGACACUCCACAUGUAACUAGAGACGCGAGAUUCGGCCCCAAUGCUACGGCUUCUAUCCCGCUUUCAUUCCACGGGACUCCCGAAGAAAGUAUGCAACAUUGGCCGUCUAAGCUAGAAGGCUCAGAAACGUUGGUCUUCACACAUGCCUGCACCGGUAGAGACUUUUGGACCCAAGCUGCUUCAAGACCGCUAUUCAGGGGUGUCGUGACUAGCUGCGACAAUGCCGCCAGUCUCACAGACAUCUCAGAACGGCUCAAGGUUUGCUCCUUGAAAUUCAUCAUCUUUGAGGCUCCUAAGUUCUUGGAAGCUUCUUCCCUUGCCCCUAUCCCAUCAUAUCUUGAUCUUGAUCAUGGUGGUGAAGACCUACCUCCGGGCAUACGGGCAGCCCUCUUCCAGCGGGUUUUCGGUUUCGAAUACAGCCGACUUCUCCCUGCAAGGCUGCAGAACACCACCACCAAACAAUCUUUCUUCCUCGCCUUCUCACGAUCUGCUGCUCCUGCGAGCCUGCUCCUCUCCCGCUGGCUCCGGGCCUGUAAUGGGGACUGCAAAAUUCAUAGCAGUCUUUACCCUGGGCAAUGGUCUCAUUUUACGACCCUAGAUGCGGGGGUUGUUAUCAUUGAUGAAGACGCAGCAUAUUCUAUUCGGCUGUUUCCUGGGCUCAACAACCUCCUCAAUUCAAAAUCAGACAGGUUUAGGUUUUGGAUUUUCUCAAAAUCUUUGAGAACACCGACACUUGUACCUCAUGGGUCAGAUUCAUUUGCAGAACUUGGGGCUAUCCGUCUCCAGCCAGUUCUUGAGUUUGGAACCGCGAUCUUGGUGACACCCAGCUUCCUUGUUUCUCAGCCUCAACAAGCUUGUGUGCUCCUGAAGUGGCUUUGGCAGAGCAGCAGCAAAGGCAAUAUCGACCGUUACCAGCGAGCUCGACUUGUGAUGUGUGCUGGGAUUGCUGACUGGCUGUAUGAGCUAGCGAUCGAAAAGGCCGAGAAGGAACAAUCAGCCACCUCAGCUAGAGUGCAAAAACACGGGGCAAUCAACCAUGACGCAGUCACGGCCAUGUUUAAGACGUGGCAAAUCGUGACAAAGUUUGUCAAUGAGCCUGAGCAUCCGAGCCCGCUGAUAUUCGCUCCUGAAUCUAUUAAUGGAAAUGAUGAGCAGAGUUUGGUCAACUGGUUUGGGUGGUGGUCUGUCAUGAACAUGAACCAAUUCCGAAAGUUCACCGUCCUCGGGUCAAGCGAUUGCGUUCGUGCUCCAGAAAGGCUCUCUCGGCAUAUUAAGCGCCCCAAAUUUUCACCAUCAACAACGGACGACCCAGAUGAGAUACACAUCCAACAUGACCACGAAGAACAACUCAAGCAUUCCACAGACCGACAAGAGACGACUGGUCAGUCCGGUCCCGAGCAAUUGACUGCACCCCGAAUGACCUUGAGCAACCAAUCAAGAGAUCUCACGGAUUUUCUUGACUAUCUUAUUGGCAGAGUCGGCAAAUGGUGUCCUAUCGAGCUCUAUAAAUUCCCAGUUUCCUAUUGGCACCGUGACAUGGCAUAUCACUUCGGGGAUUACCAGUCUCUGUUCAUGACCUACUAUAAAUGCUUCAACUGGCUCACGCCCUUUGAGGAAGUUGGUUUCUCACAGCGCAACACCAUGGCGGCACUGUUCUACACAAUCGAAGGGCCAUGGGAUCAAGCCCUAUAUCCUCAAGGCAGCAUGCCACCUCGCCGCCCCUGGUUUGUAAUGCACCGGCCUGUGAACGUCCACAAGAAACCCUGGCACGAGUCCGAGUUGCUCAUAUGGGAUCCAACACCAAAUGAGAGGUUCAUCCGCAACGAAGUGUACGAGAGCGAUCUCAUCGAGGCGCAGCGCGAAAUGAUUCAGUUCUAUGACGAGCAGAAUGCGAUCAAAAACCCAAAUCAACCCAUAAUGAAAGUAUGGAUUGCAGGAUUCAACAUCCCGUCGAAUGAAUUGACCGCCGACCCAAUGGAUGUGACCCUUUCUUACUUGGAGAGGUUCGCUCAAGAUCCCAAGUUCUGGCUACCUGCUCCAGACGCUGCACUGCCGGUGAGGGGCUGGAAGAUGGUCAAGCCCGGAACUGCGCCUGUGACGCCAACCCCUCGGUCACCAUCGCCGGAUCACAUGGACAUUGAUGAUCCAGAUGAACCAGAUGAACCGGAGCAAGAGGAUGGGCGGAUGACGACCAUCUUCCACCCGCCGCGGGGACUCAACCUACUGGGCUCGACGAAAUGUCAGAACCGGCUGUAUCAACACACAAGGGAGUCACUUCGGAGAGUGCGGGGCAGUGCUGAGUAUCACAUGCAAUACAACUUCCGACCGACGACAGCCUGGUAUCGGGAGCAACAGGCAGAACACAGAGGUUUCGAACACGUUACCGUCAUGACUUGGCAGGUCCUCUUUAGGCGCUACAACUUACCAGACCCUGAGGCGGAGUGA